AACAAUUAAGUGUACAGCUUGAUGACCUGGUGUAUGGCUUUUUGCAAGAGAGGCGAAACUUUGGCCUGGCAGUUUCUAACGUCGCACUGAUAGACGAAGCAAAGCGAGAUGCUGCAGAACUAAACAUUGUAGGAUUUAAAGCAAGCAAUGGAUGGCUUGUCAGGUGGAAGCAACACUUUAAUGUAGGACUACGCGCAAAACGAAUGAGUCUCAAGCCCUUCAGGAGCAUUAUCAAGAUGACCUCAGAUUUCACCAACAAAUUAUCCCGUUGCGUGAGACACAUGACAGGUGGUUUAUGCUGACAUCUCUUUGGUGAAACUAGACUUGCCUUACAUACCAGGCUACUUGUCAUUUAGAGAAGGUCAUUUUAUUAUUGAAAAAUUAAAGAGAGUACAGAAAGACAGGCCUGACGUUUAUCCGCAAAUGCUGUUUGUUGAUGGCAAUGGAAUUCUUCAUCCUAGAGUCUAGGUGUUGGUCUGGCCAGUCAUAUCGGUGUCUGUUCUGACAUGCCAACUGUUGGUGUUGCCAAGAAAUUGUUCCAUGUUGAUGGCAUUAUGAGGGAUGAAAAGCACCAUGAAAAGGUCAGACAACUAAAUGGCAAAGGUGAUAGUUUUGCUUUGUUAUCAACUGAUGGAUCUGUACUAGGAAAGGCUGUUCUCUCUGGUCCAGGAUGUUCUAACCCAGUCUAUGUAUCAGUUGGCCAUCGAAUGGGUUUGGAUACAGCAGUAAAGCUAGUGGUUGCCUGCUCUAAAUAUCGCAUACCCGAGCCAGUGAGGCAGGCUGACAUUUGCUCUAGAGAGUACAUUCGAACCGCUUUCUGCAAUGGUGAAACAGGAGUAGUCGGAGACAAAUCUUAAUUUAUCGUUUGUAAAUAAGUUUAGUACAAUCUGUUUAUAGAAUCUUGAUGCAUCAUCAGUUGAUGUGAGUUAUAACUUUGCCCAUUUUUAAGAAAAUUAUAUUGCAUCUUUUAGGCUCAUAAUACAAUCAGCUGUC